GGAUCUAGUUAAUGAUCUCCAGGCAGCUGGAACCACAUAAACUCACCGGUGUCUCCGACGGGGGAAGGGGGGGGACUGUUUAUAAAACAAAACAGUUCUCUCCCUUGUCAGCUCCUGCAUACUUCUUCUUUGCAUGGCUGUACAUAGCACAGCCAGAGAAGCACAAACACAGCCACACAAUGUAAAACAGCACAUAGUUAACCCUUUGAUCGCCCCACAUAUUAACCCCUUCCUGCCAGUGCCAUUACUACAGUGUCGGUGCAUUUUUAUUAGCACUGAUCACUGUAUUGGUGUCACUGGGGAUGUCAGUGACACCAAGUCUUUUCCCCCCAGUGUCAGAAUGCCCGCCGCAGUCCUG